UAUUAUUAUUUCUCAUCAGUAUCACUACAAACACACUGUUUGGGUAAAACCUGAAUUAUAUAAGAGGCAUCCAAAAGGAAGGACAUUAUCAAAUAUUCUUAGAACUAGAAUUUUUUUUCUCUUUUUAUUUUCCAGAAAAUGUCCACUUAUGAUGAUGAAGAUAGUGAUAGUUCUCAGUACGAUAGUUCUCAGGAUGAAAGGCAGGAAAGGCAGGAAAGGCGGGAAAUGAAGGGAGAGGUUCACAGUCAUUUUGAGCAGACUAUUCGUCCAUACAUUGAUCUGAUUGACACUCUGCGGUCAGUUGGUGUGGAGAAGGACCUGGCAUUACCGACUAUUGUAGUGAUCGGAGACCAGAGUUCUGGAAAAAGCUCUGUGUUGGAAGCGCUUUCUGGAGUUGCAUUACCAAGGGGAAGCGGAAUUGUCACCAGAUGUCCAUUAGAGCUGAGGCUGAAGAAGGUAACAAGUGGAGUCAGCUGGAAAGCGGUUUUAACUUACCGUCCUAAAGAACAUUCAACAAAUGAGAGGAAAUUUGAAUUUGGAGAUCCUUCAAAAGUUGAACAACAUGUUACAGAAGCCCAGAAUGAACUGGCAGGAAAAGGGGUAGGAAUAUGUGAUGAGCUCAUCACAUUAGAGGUCAUGUCACCAGAUGUGUGUGACCUCACACUGAUCGAUCUACCUGGAAUUGCCAGAGUCCCAGUAAGAGGACAACCAGAGGAUAUUGGAAACCAGACCAAAAGUCUGAUCAUGCAAUUUAUUAAGAAGCCAGAAACUAUAAACCUGGUAGUUGUCCCUUGUAACACUGACAUUGCAACAACGGAAGCAUUAAAAAUGGCACAAGAAGUAGAUCCUAAGGGCAGAAGAACUCUCGCCAUUUUGACCAAGCCAGACCUCAUAGACAAGGGAACAGAGAAGAACAUUCUGGACAUUGUCCACAACAAAGUGAUUCCUCUCCGCAAAGGUUACGUCAUGGUGAAGUGUAGAGGACAAAAGCAGAUCGAUGAGAAAAUUCCUCUGGAGGAGGCAGCUCAAAUGGAGAGAGAUUUCUUCCAAAAUCAUGACCAUUUCAGAUGCCUCUUGAAUGAGGAUAGAGCAACUAUCAAAUGUCUUGCCAUCAGUCUGACUAAGCGUCUCGUUAAUCAUAUCAAAAAAUCACUGCCACAGCUCAAUGAGCAGACAACAAAGCUGUUGUGGGACGUGAAAAAUGAGCUCAAAGAGUGUGAGGGUGGACCACCAAAUGACCCUAAGGGGGCCAAACAAUUCCUCACUGAAACCUUAAAAAGAUUCAGCGAUCAAAUCAAGUCCUUAUCAUCAGGAGAGUUGAUCAUUAAGGAGAAUUUGUUUGUCCAUCUUCGGGCUGAAUUCAAGAAGUGGAAUGAUCAUCUUAACCGUACAAAGACAUCUUUUAAAAAUGCGAAAGAGUUGAGCCAAAAAAACAGAGGGAGGGAACUGCUUGGCUUCAGCAACUACAAAGUGUUUGAAACAAUUCUGCAGAAACAUGUGGCCACACUUGAGGAGCCAGCCAGUGAAUUACUUCAUACCAUAAAAGACAUCAUCACCACACAUUUGACUGAAGUGGCGAUUCAGUGUUUUAGGAACUACUCUGUCCUUAUAAACAUCACUAAGGACAAAAUCAUCAACAUUCAGUCAAGUCAGCAAGAGAAAGCAGAGCAGAGGAUCUCAGAGCUGUUAGAGAUGGAAAACAUGAUCUACACUCAAGAUCCCAUCUACUUGAGGAUCUUAAGUGAAAUUACAAAUGAGAGGUUUUCAGAGGACCAGUUACCAGUCUUUGACAAAAAAAUGAAGUACAGUCAUAUGCUGGAGGCGUAUUAUGAGAUUGUGGUGCAGCGGAUGGCUGACCAACUGCCCAUGAUGAUCACUUUUUUCAUGCUGAAGCAGACUGCCCACCUCCUGUCUACUGACAUGUUGAGUUUACUGGACGGGGCAGAUGUGAGCGAGCUCCUGUCUGAGGCCACUGAAGUUGGUACAAGACGCAGAGACCUACAUGCCCGUCUGGACCGUUUGACUGCAGCUCAGAAAGCACUUAAUGAUUUUAUUUGAGGGACCUACUGACUUGUCACAUCUGUUUAAGGUUUUUCAUGUCAUGUGAUUCCUUAAUCUCCUCAUUUGUUCUUUAACGACGACUAGCAUCCAUAGGUGCAUUACCAAAACCUUCUGCUCCAGAACAGAGUUUAGAUUCUGUUCAUCAGCCCUGUCUCCCUAAUAAAUUCAAAGAAAGCUUUACUGUUUAUCUCACUUGACCAUUUUAUUAAAGCUUUAAUAUUUAAUUCCUGAGGUCUGUUUUUCCUCAUUUCUUCUAUCAUAUUGUUCCUUUCCUGCUCAUAUUUAGUACAUUCAGUAAUUGCAUGAUAUAGUCUCCUCAACCUGCCAUUGUUCACAAAAUCCAUUUGGAUGUUUUCCUAUUAUUUUGGGAGUGCUGUUUAAAUUGGAAUACCCUAAACUUAUUCUACUGUAAAUACAUUUUUUUCUUGAUUUACCUACAUAUCUUAUUUUUUAAUUUACUUUAUUAAUUAAGCUGUAAACCCCUUUCCCCACUGUUCCACUUUAUUGCUUUUAGUAUAUUAAUACUGUAUCCACAUUAUUCUGUUGCUUAAUUUCAGAUGAAUAGCUUCUCCUCAUGCAUUGUGGUCAUGUGUUUCCUUUGUUUGAUGUGUUAGGUUUUCAUUGGUUGAUUUUGUCAUAUGUUAAUCAGUUCUGUUUUGUCAUUUGUUCAUUGUCUUUAUCAUGCUCAGGUCUAUCUUGUUUGUCAUAGUCCAUGUGUAUAUAUAACCCUUUUGUUUCCAUAGUCCUUUUGUUAGCUUUGCUUUUUUCAUGUAACCACGUAUGUCAAGUUCAAGUCAUAGUCAAGCACUCUUGUUAAUGGCACUGUUUAGUUCAGUUUGUUUUGUAUUUGGUUUGGGUUUUGUUUAUUAAACUGCACUGUAAACCCUAAUAA